AUGGAUUUGGAGUCCAAUUCACCACCCCUUAAACCGCCUCUGACGGAUCAGAAUGUGCAAGAUGCGCAGGACCUCGCUGCCAUGGGUCAUUCCCAGGCCUUGACCCGCAAGUUUGAUAUGUGGAGUAUGCUUGCGUUGGCCUUUUGUGUUCUUGGAACAUAUUCAACCUUUGCUCAGGAUCUCAGCAGUGGCCUGACCAAUGGUGGUGCUAUCACUAUCCUUUGGGGCUUGGUGCUGGUCACUGUGUGCAAUCUUUGUGUUGCCCUCUCGCUGGGCGAGUUGACUAGCAGUAUGCCCACGGCUCUUGGCCAGGCCUAUUGGGUAUAUCGUCUCUGGAAUACACCGCUCGGUCGCUUUGUUUCCUAUAUGUGCGCGUGGAUCAACACCUUUGGAUGGUGGACUUUGACUGCGUCGCAGGUCGCCUUUAUGACUGAGUUUCUGCUCGGUAUGAAGACUAUGUUUAAUCCGGAGUGGGAGGGAGCCAGCAAGGGCUGGCUGAACUUUGUUGUUUACGUUGGUGUUGUCUUUGUACUCACUCUCAUCAACGUUGUUAGUUGUCGCAAGGAGAAGAUUCUUCCUUGGCUGAACAACUUCGUUGGAGUGUGGUUCUUCGGCUUGUUUAUCGUUCUUUCUCUUGCGCUGCUCAUCUCGGUCGGCACUAAGGACGGUUUGUCUUUCCAGCCGCCUUCUUUUGCGUUCGGAGCUUGGAAGAACGAGACUGGAUGGAGCGAUGGGGUGGUCUGGUUCACCGGUCUGGUGCAGGCUGCGUAUGGAUUGACUGCAUUCGACUCGGUCAUUCAUAUGGUUGAGGAAAUUCCUGCACCACGGAAGAACGCACCUCGCGUCAUUUGGAUGGCAGUCCUCUUCGGCGCCGUGACUGGUUUCAUUUUCAUGGUAGUCUGUCUGUUCUGUAUCCAGGACGUCGACAAAGUCGUCAACGCCGACCUGCCAUUCAUGGAACUCAUGCUCGAGACAGUCGGUCUCAAGGGCGCUGCUGUCCUAAUCUCCCUAUUCAUCUUCAAUGGACUAGGUCAAGGAAUCAGUGUCCUCACAACAGCCUCGCGUCUAUCCUGGGGUUUCUCUCGUGAUGGCGGUGUCCCCUUCAGCCAAUACUUCAGCCACGUCGACCCCGUGUGGCAGGUUCCAGCCCGUGCCCUCUGGGGCCAGGGAGUCAUCAUCGCUCUCGUCGGUAUCCUCUACCUCUUCGCCAACACAGUGCUCGAGGCCAUUUUGAGUGUCAGUACCAUUGCCUUGACAGUCUCCUACGCCAUGCCAAUCCUCGCAUUACUGGUGACCGGCCGUGAAAAGCUACCACCCGGCCCAUUCCAGCUCGGUCGCAUUGGCCCCGUCCUCAACUGGGUCAGUAUCGUCUACUGUGUCAUUACAACCAUUUUCUUCCUCUUCCCCGGUGCGCCCAACCCUGCGCCGAGUGAUAUGAACUUUGCUAUUGCAGUCUUCGGAGUCAUGCUGGUCAUUGCAGUUGCCUUUUGGUUUAUCCAGGGUAGCAGAACUUACCUCCAGACUGAAGAUUCCAUUGCGUCUAUGGUUUACGCUCAUCACUUGGAGCUCAAUGAGCCUGGUGCGGAGGAUCCGCCUGUUGUUCAGGCUCAGACUGUGGUUGAUGAGAAAUAA